AUGGUCAACAUUCCGUACGUGGUUCACUCACGCCAGACAUCAUUCGAACUAAUCAUAAUCUUCUAUCGGGACAACCGAGGCCGAGUGGUUAGCGUGCUGGUGCUGCGCAAUGACACAGGAGCCUAUCACCGAUGCGAUCGCUCUGAGUUCUUCCUCAACCGUCAGGAGUUGGAGGUCUUCCAGCAACGUGCAGAUGGUUGGGGACUUAAAAAGGCCAAGAUGUCUUCGGAGGAGGCGACGCAUGCCCGAAACUCCCUGGCGCCCAAACUGUCGAUGGCGCCAGGGCGUAGACACGACAACCGGGUUGUCAUCAAUGUGGGUGGGAACCGGUUUGAAACUUACAAAUCUACCCUGAAGAACAUUCCGGACACGCGGCUCUCCUGGCUAACGGAGACCUCAGCCCACAACCCGGAUUAUGACCCAGUCUCCGGGGAAUACUUUUUUGACCGCCACGCAGGCGUGUUCAGCAUGAUACUAAACUACUACCGGACGGGGAAAUUGCACACCCCGAAUGAUGUGUGCGGGCCCAUGUUUGAGGAAGAGUUGGCGUUUUGGGGUAUCGAUGAAAAACAGAUUGAGCCGUGUUGCUGGAUGUCCUAUAGCACACAUCGUGAGGCCCAAGAGACUCUAGCAGAAUUUGACGGUGGAGAUUUAGAUCAACAAGACGAUGACUUUGAUGACGAGGAUAUCGCACAAAGGUUUGGAAUACAGGAAGGCGAAGGACCGAAGCGGAUGUCACUUUGGGAAAAAUGGCAGCCGAAGAUUUGGACUCUGGUAGAAGAACCUUACUCUUCCCGGGCGGCUGAGGUUCUAGCCCUGGCCUCCGUCGUUUUUGUGGUCCUUUCAAUCACGGAAUUUUGUAUGGAAACUCACAUCUUGUUCAGAGAAACCACUGAUACCAACACUACCAUGACUGAAGACUGGACAGUCAGCCAAAUCAACAACGAGUCAGAGCCAAAACUCUAUCUGAGUGUCAUGGAGUAUAUUUGCAUAUCAUUCUUCACACUGGAAUUGACUAUCAGGUUUAUCUUCAGUCCAAGCAAACUGGAAUACAUCAAACAGCCGUUGAAUUGGGUGGACUUUCUAUCAGUGAUCCCCUUUUACGUGACGAUUUCUGUCGAUGACUCUCUCAAAAAGUCCACCGGCGUGCAGUUCCUGAGGGCCAUGCGCCUCAUUCGUAUCUUCCGUAUCCUAAAACUGACCCGUCACGUGAGCGGGCUUAAAGUUCUUGUACAUACUGUGAAGGCCAGUGCCAAGGAGCUUCUGCUCCUAAUUCUCGUCUUAUUUAUCGGAGUUUUGAUAUUCGCCUGUUUAAUCUAUUUCGUCGAGCAGGUGGACGAGCACGAGAAAAACUCUUUUAAGGACAUUCCGCGGGGUUUCUGGUGGGCUAUUGUGACAAUGACCACCCUGGGGUACGGGGACAUGUACCCACGGACUGCUCUGGGAUACCUGGUCGGUGCUAUGUGCGCCUUGUGCGGUGUCUUGAUGCUAGCCCUUCCAGUCCCUGUUGUGGUCAGUAACUUUACCCUCUACUACUCACAUGUUCAGGCUAGGUUGAAGUUACCGAAGAAGCCGCGGCGUGUGCUGGUGGGGGCGGCAGAUGCCUUGAAGACUCAGACUGCUGUUGGGGAGAGCUUUGACAGCCAGGGUGGUCAAUCACCACAGGGCAGUAUAGGGUCACUCAAAUCCAUGGGCAAAGAGGAUAGUUCAGAAAGUGCUGUGGGUAGUUUCGACAGCGGUAUCCGCUCUAGUUCGAGUGCAGGAAGUGAUUCGACAGGCAUUAGUGUGAUAUUUACUGACGAAAUUGCCCAGUCGUCCCCAAUCCGGGUGAAAACGCCACCAAAAAAUGUGACUAAGAAACCGCCGCCACCGAGACGCCAAAGUUUGAUGCCAGGAAAUACAUCUAAUAACUCUAGGAGAGGGAGCCAGUCGAACGGCCGACGUGACAGUAAUCACAGAAAGGCGAGUACGAACCGAUCACACCGACGUCGCUCCAUCAUGCCUGAAAUGACAGAGGUGGACAUUGACUGA